GGUGUCACGGGUCCGACUCCCCCCUCCGGCCGCGCGCGCGUUUUCUCCGCGACGACGCAAGCUGCUCCUUCGUCUCCAGGCGCCCGUCGCACCGCUCCCGAUCGCGUUUGACCGCGACGCCGGACGCGUUAAUUGUCACCGGCGUGACAUUGUUAUUAGCGAUGACUCGCGCAGCUGUGCGCGUUCCCAGGCAACCCCCCGUCACGAACGCGCACUGAACGCGCUCGCUCGCCCCGUUUCGUUUCUUCUGUCGGAGCCGGUCAGCCUUAUUGACUAUGGAAAGCUGAGCCUCGUUCAUUCAUACGGCGAAAUCAGUAACUCAGAGGUCAUUCAGAGCGGCCGGAAUACGAGAGGAUUUUAUUCACGACACAUUUGUGGUUCUCGACAAGGCCUAGGCCAUGGGCGGAACCAAGAGCAAACCCAAAGAGCUCGGCCAGCGCUCCCGGAGUCUGGACGACGGCACCGGAGGUCACCAUCACAGUCCCAACCAGUCGUCCUUCACACCCAACCGGAGUCCGCCGGUGGACGGCACCAGACGCGGCACCCAGCCCAACAUCAUCAACGCUGAGCAGGCGCUGUUCGGAGGAGUCAACUCCAACAACAGCGUCACGUCUCCUCACAGGGUCGGCACGCUUUCUGGCGGCGUGACCACGUUUGUGGCUUUGUAUGACUACGAGUCACGAACCGCCUCUGAUUUGUCAUUCAGAAAAGGAGAACGACUCCAGAUUGUCAAUAACACGAGAAAGUUGAACCCCAGGGAAGGCGACUGGUGGCUGGCUCGCUCGCUGACGACAGGAGAGAGUGGAUACAUUCCCAGCAAUUACGUGGCACCGUCUGAUUCCAUCCAGGCUGAAGAAUGGUACUUUGGAAAGAUCACACGCAGGGACUCCGAGCGGCUCCUCUUGAGUCUGGAAAACAGGAGAGGAACUUUCCUGGUCCGAGAGAGCGAGACGACCAAAGGUGCCUAUUGUCUCUCCGUUCUGGAUUACGACAACGUCAAGGGUCUAAAUGUCAAACAUUACAAGAUCAGGAAGCUGGACAGCGGGGGAUUUUACAUCACAUCGCGCACUCAGUUCAGUACUUUACAGCAGCUGGUCAACCACUACCGCCAGCAUGCAGACGGUCUGUGUCACUGUCUGAGUGACGUGUGUCCCGUUCUGAAGCCUCAGACUCAGGGCCUGGCGCGGGACGCCUGGGAGAUCCCCCGGGACUCUCUGAGACUGGAUGUCAAACUGGGCCAGGGCUGCUUCGGAGAGGUCUGGAUGGGCACUUGGAACGGCACGACACGCGUGGCCAUCAAGACCCUGAAGCCUGGCACGAUGUCUCCCGAAGCCUUCCUGCAGGAAGCACAGGUGAUGAAGAAACUCCGGCACGAGAAACUGGUGCAGCUUUACGCCGUCGUCUCGGAGGAGCCCAUUUACAUCGUCACGGAGUACAUGGGUCAAGGAAGUCUGCUGGAUUUCCUGAAGGGUGACAUGGGAAAAAUGCUGCGGCUGCCUCAGCUUGUGGAUAUGGCCUCUCAGAUUGCCUCGGGAAUGGCGUACGUGGAAAGAAUGAACUAUGUGCACAGGGACCUCAGGGCCGCUAACAUCCUGGUGGGUGAUAACCUGGUGUGUAAAGUGGCUGACUUUGGCCUCGCUCGACUCAUAGAGGACAACGAAUACACGGCCAGACAGGGAGCCAAGUUUCCCAUCAAGUGGACUGCGCCAGAGGCGGCUCUUUAUGGCCGCUUUACCAUCAAAUCUGACGUGUGGUCGUUUGGGGUCUUACUGACGGAGCUGACCACCAAAGGCAGGGUGCCUUAUCCAGGCAUGGUGAACCGGGAGGUGCUGGACCAGGUGGAGCGCGGCUACAGGAUGCCCUGUCCCUCCGAGUGUCCCGAAUCCCUGCACGAGCUGAUGCUGACCUGCUGGCGCAAGGAGCCCGAGGAGCGGCCCACCUUCGAAUACCUGCAGGGCUUCCUGGAAGACUACUUCACCUCCACCGAACCGCAGUACCAGCCGGGCGAGAACCUCUAGAGACGGCGAAGGACAUCGUUUCCCCGGCGCGAGGUGUUUCGUGGCGCACCCCAAACAAUACCGACGGGGGGACGUCGACAUCGUAUCCGGUCCGUUUAAAGCAACUUAUUGGGUCUCGGCAUUGUAACGGCAUGUUUUCCCCACUUUCGAGACGAGAUGCGUCUUUCCUGCGAAGAAAUUCAAUAGCAAACCGCUUCCUCUGCUGAUAAUCGCCGCGAGGCUUUGUUUCCCCCUCCGAAGCUCUACAAGGAUUGAUCCCUGGCUGUUUUCUUGACCUCGACGCGCCACCACUUCUCUCCCGAACCCUUUUAGCGGAUGCUCCAGUUCUGUCGUUCCCCCUCCUCCCACAAUCCCUCGCUUCUAUCCUCUUCCCCCAAAGCGUCGGCUCUGGCGUUCGGCGUGAACCCCGCUCCGGAUGGACGAGGCGCGUCUCUCGUGACCCCGUUAAUGUCUUCCAAUAGAUAUCCAGGGUCUGUGGUAUUUUAUGCCUUUUUAAUGGUAGAAAUGAGCUUUUUGUCCUGCUUUGUUCGUUGGUUUCUUUUGUAUCGACCUGGAUCGACUGGAAUAAGGACGCGAUUGGUCGAACGCCGGUCACGUGAUUGGAAUUCGUUCGGAAUUCUGAAACGACGGGAGCGGAACAUUUCUUCCCAUUUGAUACGGACUUGAAUAGAGAAUGGUUCAGAACGCGGUUUCAGUUAUUCUACUCUUCUAGUAUUCGAAACAACUACUGAUAUAUAUAUAUAUAUAUAUAUAUAUAUAUAUAUAUAUAUAUAUAUAUAUAUAUAUAUAUAUAUAUAUAGCGUUGUUUUUGUUUGAAAGCUGAUAUGACUGUAUAGUCUUACUUUGUGUGCCAAUACAAAGGAGAAAAAAAAUGAAUUUUGUACCGUUUUAUUAUGUAUAAAAUGUAUUUUUAUUAAUGUUGUUUUUUGUAACGAAGAGGACGAGCUUUGUAACUAGAACUUAAAGGAAUAGUUCACUGAACGAAAAACAAACAAAAAAAAAAUUUAAAAUGUGUCAUUUUUUUUUUGUAACCCUCGUGUAAAACACAAACGGAGAUGUUUGGAGGAAUGUUCAUGCUGCUCUUUUCCCACAUACAGUGCUUUUACGCUUACUGCAUGAGAAAAACAUCCGCUCUUUUUGUAUCCCACGAAAAAAAAAAGGAGAAAAGAAAAGGCGUUUAUGUUUGGAACGACACGUCGAGGGUGAGUAAAUUAUGGCAUCAUUUAAAUUUGCACACUGCAAAAAUGUUUUCCCGCCCUUUUUAGCCUUUGUGUCUUGAUUUCCCAUUACAGAUAUGUCAACAUUCAUAAAUCGAGCAAAAUGAUAUGAGAGAGUCGUUUUCUAAAAUGAAACGAUUCUGUUUAAAUCAAGAAAAAUAUCUGGCAACCCUUAAAAUGAUCCAGUCAGAUACUUUUUCUCAUUUUAAGCAUAAACUCGCUUCAUUUUUUUUUUUCAGAAAACAACUUUUUGCUUCUAGAGUUGAUUUUAAGAAUGUUGAGAUGUUUGCACUGAAAUACGAGACAAAAACGCCGAGGAAGAAAAUCUAUUUUUGUAGUGUAGGUGAACUAUUGCUUUUCUAACUCGCGAAUAUCGUUCGAGAGGUGUUUGAACCGACUCCUCGAAGCUUGUUCGAUGCUUGAAGUUAAAACGUUUCGUCCUUUUGGCUUUUUGAAACUAAUUCCGACGCGUGCCGUCGAAGUCGCCGACGCGUUACGCGCAAAAUGGCCGACGCUGUAUAGAAUUGUGGGUAACGACCUCACCGCUACUGCUUUCCUAUAAGAUCCACAGAAAGCCGCGGACCUUGCCUGCGAGCUGUUAGUGACGGUGCCCGAAUAAAUAAUAUAAUCACUGCUGAGACAAUGUAGAAUGAAAUAGGUUCGAGUUUUAGGGAUGUUCGUGCCGAUACGAUGAGGGUAAGGGUUAGGAAACGUUUAGAAAGGCAUGCAGCUGUAAUCGCGGUACUUUAGCUGGUAGAUGUGUGACGCCUGUCGAUAUUCUGUAAAUACUUUCGUGUGUAAAUAUUCUUUUCGUAUUUAUUCAUAUUGCCUCGGUCUGUGUUCGUUUCUCCCGUAAGACGCGCUCGGUCCUGCGCGAAGCCGGCCGCAAAAAAAAUAGCCGCGUCUCGCGUAAACGGUGCGCCGAACGAUACGCCAAAAAAAAAAAUCGACUUUGCGUCUGUACGCCACGCGCGUGUUUGGCGUGCAAAUAACACGCGGUUUUCGCGGGCGCGCGUAUGACACGCAUCCACCCCGCAACCCCGAUCCCACUCGUGGCGUAGCAUAUGCGCGCGGGUGUAUUUCGCGCCAAAUUUAUGUUUCGCGCCAAAUUCAUAUUUCGCGCCAAUUUUAUAUUUCGCGCCAAAUUUGCGCGGGUGCAUUUCGCUUUUAUUCGGCGUACUAUUUGCACGCGCGUUAGAGCGGGCAGCGCCAUCCGCAGACCCGGUUUUCCUGCGGCAACCGAACGCGUAGAAAAGCACAGAUCCGAGACGCUUUCUUUGUUUUCAGCUGAUUUUUAUUUGCAGCAAGAAGCUCACCUUUUUUUAUUAAGGCGUGACUCGCACACUAAAGUAUUGUUUUAUUAUUACUUUUUAACUUGCAAUAAACCUGCUGAUUUUGACAGGCGGUUGCUGCAAAGUAAACCGUUGCUCUGGUCGUGAUGUGGAAGGUGUUCGACGACGGCGUGGUCUCGGUUCGUGGAAUAUAAACUGGAAAAUAAAAUUAUGACGAGUAAAACGAGUCGCAUCUGCAAGUAACUAUAUUAGUGCAUCCCCAUCCAAUGUAUUCAAACUAUGCAGUUGUUUUUCUAUGAGUUGCGUGUCUGUAUUUUAACUGCAGUUGCUCACAAUCAGAUUCCAGUGUUCUGCAACGACUGGUAUCAAAAUAUGAAAUAACACUGAAAUGAGAUUUGUACUUUAAAAAUUUAUGACAUGGUGUUAUAUUUUCUUUUCUUUCUUUUUUUAAAGUGCAAUAAACUAUGUUUCUAAAGCUUGGAUUUAAGCACGAAA